AUGACACUGGGUCUGGUCUCCACCCUCGCAACGGCGGUUGUGGCUGGACCAGAUCUGACGGUCAGGCACGAGAAGGGAAGGUGCGCGAUCCGAGGACAGUGUGGCAAGCAGAGCUUCUUCGGAUCAGAGCUGCCUUGCCCCGACAACGGUCCGGCCACAACACCAGCCGAUGACGUGCGCAAGAAGCUGGUCGAUAUCUGCGGCGCGCAGUGGUCCGACACGGAUGUCUGCUGCGACGAGGACCAGCUCGACGCCCUGAAGACGAACCUCGACCGUGCCACACCCAUCAUCAACGCCUGCCCGGCCUGCAAGGAGAACUUCUACAACCUGUUUUGCACCUUCACCUGCUCGCCGGACCAGUCCACCUUCAUCAACGUCACACAAACCCAGCCCAAGGGAGAUAAGUACCUAGUGACAGAGCUAGAUAACCUCGUGGCAGAUGAGUAUGGAUCGACCUUCUACGAUAGCUGCAAGGACGUCAAGUUCGGCGCGACAAACGGCAAGGCCAUGGACUUCAUCGGAGGCGGCGCAAAGAAUUACACCCUGUUCCUCAAGUUCCUCGGUGACAAGAAGUUCCUGGGCUCGCCCUUCCAGAUCAACUUCCCGCGUCCGAAUGAGGUCGACUUUCCAGGCAUGGACGCCAUGAGCAAGCACGCCUACCCGUGCGAUACCGACGACGAGCGGUAUCGCUGCGCAUGUCUCGACUGCGGAGGAUCCUGCACAGAGCUACCAGAGGUCCAAGAAGACAAGCAAUGCCAGGUUGGCCUGCUUCCGUGCCUGUCGUUCGCUGUCAUUGUCGUCUAUUCGUGCUUCCUCGCCCUCCUAUGCGCCGCCGUCGCUGGGCACAUCGCCUACCAGAAGCAUUCCAGGCAUAAGAGCGAACGAAUGCGCCUCUUGCAGGACACGAGCCCCAGCGAUGACGAGGAUGAGGGCGAUAUUGUCCACAACGUUGGCAUGAUGGACCGUCCCACCAAGCACUACUUCCUCAACACAUGGUGCGAUCGGAUGUUCAGCCGUCUUGGUUACGUCUGUGCUAGCUUCCCUGCCAUCACCAUCGUCACCAGCAUUCUUGUCGUCGGCUUGAUGAGCCUGGGAUGGUUCCGUUUCCAGAUCGAGACCGAUCCCGUCAACCUUUGGGUCUCGCCAGACUCUGCUGCCGCCCAAGAGAAGGCUUUCUUCGAUGAGAAAUUCGGUCCCUUCUUCCGCGCUGAGCAGGCUUUCCUCGUCAACGACACGUCCGAAGGUUCCGGUCCCGUUCUUAGCUACGAAACCUUAGACUGGUGGUUUGGGGUUGAGAACCAAAUCCAGCGCCUGAAAUCUUCCCAACACGGUGUGACACUCGACAAGGUCUGCUUCAAGCCUGUUGGAGACGACUGCGUUGUCCAAUCAGUAACUGGCUACUUCCAAGGUGACUUCGCCAACGUCUCGCCCACAAGCUGGAAGGACGACUUGCUGCAAUGCGUCGACAACCCAUCUUCAUGCCUGCCUACCUUCCAACAGCCUCUCGACCCACACCUUCUAUUUGGAGGCGUGAACGAAUCCGUCUUGGACGCCAAGGCCCUCGUCGUUACCUGGGUCGUGCAGAACCAUCCCAAAGGCACACCGGAAGAACAUCGCGCCAUGGACUUUGAAAAUGAGAUGAAGAACUACUUGAGGUUCGUGUCUGAUGAGGCUCGUCAAAAGGGCCUGCGGUUGAGCUUCAACACCGAGGUCAGUCUUGAACAAGAACUCAACAAGAGCACCAACACGGAUGCCAAGAUUGUGGUCAUCAGCUACAUCAUCAUGUUCUUGUAUGCCUCGUUGGCUCUCGGUUCCACGACUCUUACUGUGCAGUCUGUUCUUCGCAACCCGGCAAAUGCUCUGGUACAGUCCAAGUUCUUGUUGGGUAUAGUCGGUAUCCUGAUCGUGUUGAUGUCUGUAUCCGCCUCCGUCGGAUUGUUCUCCGCAGCUGGUAUCAAGGUCACUCUCAUCAUAGCAGAAGUCAUUCCUUUCCUUGUCCUGGCUGUCGGUGUGGACAACAUCUUUCUCAUUGUUCACGAAUUUGAACGCAUCAACAUCAGCCAUCCAGAGGGUACCAUCCCAGAGCGUGUAUCGCGUGCUCUUGGACGCAUGGGUCCCUCAAUCUUGCUCUCUGCGCUUACUGAAACCACUGCGUUCGCUCUUGGAUGUGCUGUCGGAAUGCCAGCUGUUCGAAACUUUGCCGCGUAUGCUGCCGGUGCUGUCUUCAUCAACGCGAUCCUUCAAGUUACCAUGUUCACCGCGGUGCUUGCGCUCAACCAGCAACGCGUCGAGACGAACCGCGCCGACUGCUUCCCUUGUGUUACUGUCGGACGUGCUGACGCUGGCUUCUUCAAUGGAGGUAUGGGCUACGGUGCUGGCGAAGAGGGUGCGCUACAAAAGUUCAUUCGCAAGACGUAUGCCCCAGCGAUCCUUGGAAAGAAGACCAAGGUCGGCAUCAUUGCACUCUUCUUCGGUAUCUUCACAGCGGGUGUUGCCUUGUAUCCUAGCGUCGAGCUUGGCCUGGAUCAGCGCAUUGCCAUUCCUAGCGAUUCUUACCUCAUUGAUUACUUCAACGAUCUUUACGAGUAUCUCGAUGUCGGACCACCAGUCUAUUUCGUUACGAAGGAGCUCAACGUCACCGAGCGAAAGCCGCAAAAGGAGCUUUGCGGACGCUUCUCUACUUGCGACCGUGAGAGUCUUGCGAACAUUAUCGAAGCGGAGCGGAAACGCCCAGAAGUUUCGCAUCUUGCAGCAUCGGCCGCGAACUGGCUCGACGACUACUUCCUGUGGUUGAACCCUGAGAACGAGAAGUGCUGUGUCGACGACAAGGGCAAGCCAUGCUUCCAGGAUCGUCAACCUCCUUGGAACAUGACUCUAUCUGGAAUGCCCGAAGGCGAGGAGUUCAUUCAUUAUCUGCAAAAGUGGGUCCAAGCGCCUACUACCGAAGAUUGCCCUCUUGGUGGAAAGGCUGCUUACUCCGACGCUCUCGUUAUCGACGCAAAGCACCUUACAAUCCCGGCUUCGCACUUCCGUACUUCACACACUCCUCUUCGGUCCCAACAGGACUUCAUCUCCGCGUACAUUGCUGCGCGUCGUAUUGCAAAUGAGAUCUCCAACGACGUGGAGGCAGAGGUAUUCCCAUACUCCAAGUUUUACAUCUUCUUCGACCAGUACACGUCUAUCGUUCGUCUCGCUGGUGCACUCAUUGGUUCAGCUCUGGCUGCCGUAUUCAUCAUCACGAGCAUCAUGCUUGGCUCCAUUAUUACCGGCCUAGUCGUAACGCUCGUCGUCGGUAUGACCGUGUCCGCUAUCAUCGGCUCCAUGGCUUUGAUGGGUGUCUCACUUAACGCCGUGUCACUUGUCAAUCUCAUCAUAUGUGUCGGCAUUAGUGUCGAGUUCACAGCACAUAUCGCCCGUGCCUUCACCUUCCCCAGCCGUGCAACCAUGGAGAAAGCCCCAAGGCAUAAGUUCCGAGGCCGUGACGCCCGUGCGUGGACUGCAAUGGUCAAUGUAGCGAGCAGUGUGGUUAGCGGUAUCACCAUCACGAAGAUCCUAGGUGUGGGUGUCUUGGCUUUCACUAGGAGCAAGAUCUUUGAAGUCUACUACUUCCGCGUCUGGGUCGCUCUCGUCCUCUGGGCCUCCACCCAUGCCCUCAUUCUCCUCCCUGUUCUCCUCUCACUCAUCGGCGGUAAAGGCUACGUCGACCCUGAAUCUGAAGGCGGCCUGGAGCAAGACCUCCGCCGUCGUCAGUACCCCGCGUUGCUUGCCGAAGACGACGAAUACGACAGCGACGACUAGGAGUCUAUUUCAUACCGUAGCAUCGCCAAUCGGUGGAAGAGGUUUACGGAGGUGCUCAGCAUGAAGCUUACGUUAAUCUAUAUUUGGAUGUUGGAAACAUGGAUUUCUUUUGGUAGGGCGGCGGUGGCGGUACGUGAUUGCUUGUGUGAAGGUGGGAUUGAGCAGGUUGAGGAGGAGCGAUUUGAUGUGCCGGCAAGACCGGCUCAUGUUCGACGUCCUCGUGCUUUCAAUGUGCAGGCACUUACUGAUGCGCUUGCGGUUGUACAGGAGGAGCAGGAAGGGUGGGAGGAUGACGAUGAGCAUGAUAGACCGGCAGAGAGCUCGUUUGUUAGCUUCUCUCCUUUGUCAGAUCCACCCUCUUCUGAGUAGUCUGCUAUCAUCAGUUGCUUGGUUGGUAGGUUAGUUGAGUGUAGUUUGAGCGCCUCGGUGGACCAAAAGAAACCAUUUGCC